AUGCCUGCAAGAACUCGUCCCGUGGAGAAGAUUGCCAAAGCUUCUGCUCAAUGUUCCGCAGAGGUUGCGGCAUACGGCAAGUGUGUCGUCACGGAUUACAACUCAGUGCACAAAGAUAUGUGCGCCAAAGAGUUUAUGAGACUGAAGAACUGCUAUCUGGCGGCCUCCAAAAAGGGCUAA